AUGGUAGAAGAGAAGACAGCCGAUGAAGUCGGCGAGGGGGCCAGUUCGCGUGCCUCGUCACGCCGACCGUCUUCGCCGCCAGAACACGACAGGUCGAAUGCAGACGAAGGGAGUGCCCUCGAGAAGACCACGAGCAAGAUCGAAAACUACCCGACUGGCCUCAAAUUGGCGGUGGUCUUGCUGAGCAUCUACCUCUCUGUGUUCCUGGUCGCGCUGGACAGAACCAUCAUCGCCACCGCCCUUCCUCAGAUCACGGACAAAUUCCAAAGCUUCGGCGACGUGGGCUGGUACAAUGCCGCCUUCCUGCUCCCCACCACGGCCCUUCAGCUGUUCUUCGGCCGUCUGUACACCUUCUACUCGCCCAAAUGGAUCUUCAUCGGCGAGGUCUUCAUCUUCGAAAUCGGCUCGGCGAUAUGCGGCGCGGCGCCCAACUCGGUUGCCUUCAUCUGGGGACGCGCCGUGGCUGGCUUGGGCGCUGGAGGGUUGUUCAACGGCUCGAUGAUUCUGAUGAUGUAUGUUGCGCCGCUUCAGAAGAGACCUCUCUAUAUGGGGCUUCUGGGUGCCGUCUUCGGGGUGGCUUCGGUGGCUGGCCCUCUGCUGGGAGGAGUGUUCACGACAAAGGUCACAUGGCGGUGGUGUUUUUACAUCAACCUCCCCAUCGGCGCGAUAGUACUUGCCUUCCUCUACUUCGCCGUCGCUGACGUCCCACCCGCGCUCGGCGAGCUUCCGUUCCGAGAGAAGCUCUCGCGAAUCGACAUCCCCGGCACGCUCGUGUUCAUCCCGUGCAUUGUCUGUCUGCUCCUGGCCUUACAAUGGGGUGGCCAGCAGUAUGCAUGGUCCAACGGGCGCGUCAUCGCCCUUUUCGUCCUGUUCGGCGUCCUCCUCGUCGUCUUCAUCGUGAUUCAGAUCGUGAGGCAGGAAUCCGCCACUGUGCCGCCACGGAUCGCCAAGCAACGCACCAUCGCGUCCGGGGGCUGCUACUCGUUCUGUCUCGGAUCCGCAUUCAUGAUCACGGUCUACUACUUGUCGAUAUGGUUCCAGGCUAUCAAAGGUGAUUCGGCGAUCAAGUCAGGAUACUCUACAUUGCCCUUCAUUCUCUCGCUGGUCGUCGCGUCGAUCCUCUCGGGGGCGUUCGUCAGCAAAAUCGGCUACUACAACCCAUCGAUCCUGGCGGGGGCGAUUCUCGGCCCGAUCGGUAGCGGGCUGUUCACGCUCUUCAGGGUCGACACGGCGCACCCGAUGUGGAUCGGCGUGCAAGUAUUGUUCGGGUUCGGCGUCGGGGUCGGCCUCCAACAAACCAAUAUCGCCGCGCAAGCGGUGCUGGAGAAGAAAGAUGCUCCGACGGGCGUGUCGCUGGUGUUCUUUUGCCAGGGCCUGGGCGGCACCAUCUCCGUGUCCCUGGCCCAGAACAUCCUUGACAACAAGCUUGUCUCGGGACUCAGAGGCAUCGGCAACAUCACCGCACACGACAUCGUCAGCACGGGGGCUACCGAGUUGAGGAAGGCAUUCACUCCGCAACAGUUACCGGAGGUCUUGAGAGUGUACAACCACGCGCUGGUGAUUGUCUUUUACGUCGCACUGGCGUUCUCCUGUGCCUCGAUCUUCGGCGCUCUGGGCAUGGAGUGGAAGACGUUGAAGGCAAACAAGGUCGAGAAGAAGGAUGAGGAGGGCGGCGCGCCGACGGCGGUGGAAGCAGUGAAGGCCGAUUGA